CCUCAUCCGUGUCUCCCCCUUCACCUUGGUCCAGUCUCACAGGCAUGGCCCCACUCUGGCCUGCUGGUCUCGUCCUGGCUGCCCUGGCCACCCUCGUCCACUCGACUGGCCUCCAUAAAAGACAGCUCCAACCAGAUGAGCUUCUCGGACUUCCGACCUGGCAAUGGAAUGCUGACGGUUUCUCCAUCGACAAGUUUGAUACACAUGUCCUGCAGUCCCCUGUGUUUCAGAACCUCGACCCCUCCUUCAUGACGCACGGCUCCAGUUAUGACUGGGUAACAUCCGAUGUUCACGAGCACACCGUCAUCCGCAUUCGUCCCCAAAUCAACGGCAUCCGUGUUCAUGGCGCCGAACGCAUCUUCUCGUUCCACCGCCCUUCCGGGCAAUGGUCAAGCGUUGAAAUUGGCCAUCAUCUCCAUCGCGAGCACAAUAGGCCCUUGGGGUCAACACUUGCUGCCAGGGCCAGCGGCGACGACUUUGACCUCUCGGCUGAUGAAGCUCUCGCCUUUGCUCGCGCCCACACCUUCCAUCGCUCCACGGGGAUCAGCGGCUAUUCGGCCGAAAAGCUGUAUUUCGCCGACAGCGUGUCGGGCGAUCUUGUGCCAUGCUGGAAGAUCAUUGACUUGGCGGAGCCGUCUCCUUCUCGCAAGAUCCGAUGGGUUGAUGCCCGGACAGGCAACAUCCUUGCGACUCUCUCGACAGCGACCCACGACCAGGGCCUGGUAUAUCCAGAGCCCAACAUGGUUCAACUAGGCACGCCGGCGACGCAGCUGGCCCUUCGUGAUGUUCAGUCGCCUACGCAGUAUAACGGUGGAUUGGGUAUCGUUGGGGCUGACUUCCGAAGCUUCAAUACCUGCUUCCGAUAUGGCUGUUUCAACCAAACCGCAGGCACAGCCAACGGAAACUGCACCGAAGAUUACUCGUACUGCUCCAACGCCACGAGCAACUAUGCAACGCGGCCGUACUACUUCACUACAGAUGGCAGAUACCUCGACUAUUACAGAGAUUGGGAAGCGGAUGGCUAUGUCGAUGGCAAUAUCCACAUGCUCUGGACCGAGGCUCCUGUGUUUGCCCCCAAUCUGAAGCAGCCCGACAACAAGAUCUGGGGCACAGAUGUCGACUUUACCCAGACCGAUGUCAGCCGCUACCUCAACUUUGUGGAGCUGCAGGCGUACUACUACUUCACCGAGCAUGUCGCCUUCAUGCGCAACCUGCUCCAGAGCCCCAACCUCUGUCUCGUCGGAACGGGCGCAAAUUGCACCCAGAUGGAUCCUGUCACCAAUCGCACGGCCACUCACUGGGACAAACCGAUGCGAUUCGUGGUUAAUUACCAGUCGAUGCAGACCGCGCCUGGCCCGGACGACACAUACGAUGACUUCUUGACCCAGCUGUCGAAAGGACUUGGCAAAAAUGACAGCGCUCCGAUCGUGUUCUACAACUCGACAUCGUACGAAGACGCCUUCUUUUCCAAUUCACAGUUCCAGUCACUUAUCAACGAUACUGACUUCCGCGACUGUUCAAACGGAAGCUGCGUCUCGAUUAUGGAGUCGCCGUUCGACUACUUUGCGUUUGGCCUCAACUCGAUGUACUCCUGGGCGCUCGCGGACUGCACCGUCUUCCAUGAGCUGACGCACGCCUUCGUUGCCAAGUUUGUCCCGGAUCUGCCAAGCUACAUCUACGGCAGCAAAGGGCUGAUGAGUGACCCAGGUGCUCUCAACGAAGGUUGGGCCGACUACUUUGCGGCCAUUCACUGCAACCGACCGGAUUUUCGUACCCAGUACAACGGCCGUCCCUAUCGCUCCGUCAUCAACGACAUGACAUGCGCCGAUAUGGUCGGCGAGAUCCAUGCGGACAGCGGCGUGUUCUCCGGAGCGCUCUGGGAGAUUCGCUCAAAUAUUCCCCAGCUCAUCUCCGGCAACGCUACCGACAACCAAAUGCGCUUUGAUCGACUUGUCCUGCACGCCCUGGCGCUUGCAACCAUCACAGAAACGUUUACGGCGCAGUUCACCAAGAUCCAGUCACUCGUCGAGCAGGACGCAAUCCUGUCCCCGCUGAAGGCCCUCUCGCUCUCCAUCUUUGAAACACGGGAACUCAACUGCACCCGUGUGAUGGCAUAUACCGAGGCCAACGACUCGACCUACACCCUGCCCGAUGCCCGCACGACUUCGCGCAACGUCUCGACCCCACCUUCACAGAUGUACAUCAGUCCGCGCCCCUCAGACUGGAGAGCAACGAUUUUUUGGAUGCAGCUGUUCAACUCCCCAUUUCUUGGUCCACUGACCAGCGGCUUUGCCGCCGUUCCGCUCCGGUACGCUGUAUCCUACGGGUGCCCGAUAUUUUCGUUCGCCAACGACUCCCUCUAUGCGGACUGUUCGCACGACAACACGACCUCUCCGUGUGCGGGAUACGACAAUAGCAACAUCCAGUGGCACUCGGCGAUCUACAAUAACGACACCAAGGACGGCAGGAUCGACAUCGCCUUUGCCCCUGCGUCAUGCAAUCGGAUCUAUGUCUGGGUCUCGCACCAGAUUCCUGCCCCAAUCACGUUGUACUCAACCAAUCUGACCUACAUGGGCUGGCAUCGGAUCUGGCUCUGGACCCUGGUUCUAUUCGGACUCAUCGAGUUUGCGGUUCUGCUUAGCCUCUUGGUGUACUCGACCGUCUACGGGUUGAAGCGGUGUUUAUCGGCAAGGUCGCGCAAGCCAAAAAGCGAGCCGGUGGAGCUGCUCCCGGUUCCGGAUGACCUCGGCGGACGAGAUAUCAGCCGCGAGGCACUGGUGACGCCAGUUAUCAGCGAGCCCGUGAGCAACAGUGGUCGAUACGCGUUCUGGACCAAGCCGAGGCAGCGCAACCCAGCUCGUCGCGGGAUGUGGAUCUGGAUUGGCAUUAUGUUCCUUGGAGACGCCUUGUUUCUGGCCAUGACAGCAUUUGGGCUUGUGGCCAUCUACUAUCCUCCGUGGCGCCCGCCGCUCGCAUGGGCCCUGUUCAUCCCGAUCUACGCUGCCGUGGUGAUCGACCUUGGCAUGCUCUUCCUUGGGCAGAAGCGGCUCUGGAACGACCUCGAGCUGCCCCCGAGACUUUCGACGGUUCGUCGCGUUUGGCUCAUCGCUGAUGCCUCCGCGGUGGUCUUUACGACCCUUGGAAUGACGCUGGUGGUCCUCUCGACUGCUGGCGUUGCUCUCCAUGCUGUUGUCUAUUGUAUGUUUUUGGCAUCGAUGCUGGGACGAUCGGCCGCUGCGAAUCUGUGGUUUAUCACCAUGCUUACGCAGACCUGACAUCAGAGUUUCGAGCCGAUGUAACAACCGCAACUGCCAAAGGCUCUCCAGAGCCACUACAUGGCAAGAGCACGGCCCAGGGGGCUUCAGAGAGAAUGGUCUGUUUCGUGAUAUUGAAUAUACGAGCCGCCCUGAACUGGUCGUACAAAUAUCACCGCAAGCCAAAUACGUCUGCUGCCUCGGUUGCUGCGGCAGGCUGCGAACUUGAGAUCAGAUCAUUAGCUUCGAUGCAGCAAGCAGGCUACUGGGGAAGGGCGAGGAAUUGCAGUCCAAACCCGACGGCCGCCACUUGCACAUCAUCCGGG